AUGGCUUCAAAACGUAUUACUAAAGAGUUGAAGGAUCUGCAGAAAGACCCUCCCGUGUCAUGCAGUGCUGGCCCUGUUGGUGAAGACUUGUUUCAUUGGCAAGCUACAAUCAUGGGACCAGCAGACAGUCCUUAUGCUGGUGGUGUAUUCCUAGUGACCAUUCACUUCCCACCAGAUUAUCCAUUUAAGCCACCAAAGGUUUCCUUCCGAACAAAAGUGUUUCAUCCUAACAUAAACAGCAAUGGAAGUAUCUGUCUUGAUAUUCUGAAAGAACAGUGGAGCCCGGCUCUUACUGUUUCCAAGGUGCUGCUGUCCAUUUGCUCCCUGCUAACAGAUCCAAACCCAGAAGAUCCUUUGGUGCCUGAUAUUGCCCACAUGUACAAGACUGACAAAGCCAAGUAUGAAAGUACUGCCCGGUCUUGGACCCAGAAAUAUGCAAUGAACUAG